UGUUUACAUCUGACUCAUUUUGCAGUUCUACUUUCUGACUGAUCUCAGCGGUCCCAGGUAUCCAAAGCUGCUACUGCAUCACAAUUUUAACAUAGGUAAAGCUACAGAUAGUCUGUUUUGGGACAGUGGCUGAUUCUCAGGUGGUCAUUUACCUGUGUAUGUUGUCAGAAUCCUAGUAUUACGCACCCCUGUGUAUUUCUGAUUCAAUGAUGGAAGAUCGACAAACUGAAGAUUUUUCCCUAAUACAUGCUAUCAAUGCCAAGUACAGUGAUGAGGAUAACACUAGUGACUUCAAAGUCUACAUUUCUUCAAACGCUCCAGGCAAGAAAGAUAGUGGAGGUCUUGUGAUUCCGCCAAUUCUUGUUCUGGACAACAACAGAGUCACGUGUGCUGGACCAAGUGACGCCAUUGCAUCGCUGUGUUGCCGUGUUACAGAACUUGACAUUACAAAUAACUUGUUUACAUGUUGGAAGGAGGUGUUGUCAAUGAUAACACAUAUACCUCGUCUACAAACACUGAAUUUGACGUCCAACACCCUGACAGCUGGCUCUCUGGGACCUGAUGUGGAGACACUGACUUUUCCCAAUGUCAAUCUGCUUAUCUUAAACAACACCCAGACCACCUGGUCCUCUAUGCACACCUUAUUGAAGAUAUUUCCCAGUCUGAGUGAACUCCACCUUAGCCUUAAUGGGUACGCAUCUAUAGAUGUAGAAAACCUCGAGACUUACCCAAGCCUUAAAAAACUGUUCAUCAACAAACACGCAGUCCCUAGAUGGUCGAAAAUCUCCAGAUUGGGAUGUGUUUUUCCAAACUUGGAAACCCUCGUCACAAUUGAGUCUGAUCUAGCAGAUAUGAUUUCGGAAUGUUCCGAGGCAGCAUCCGUGUUUCAGUGCCUGAAAUGUCUACAUAUCAGCUCCUCCAAGUUACCUAACUGGGAACAUAUAGAAGAACUGAGAAAAAUUCCAAAACUCUGUGAUAUACGGAUGAAAAAUAUUCCCUUUCUGGAGGAGUAUAACGAGAAAGUGAGACGUCAAAUGAUCAUAGCUCGCUUACCCAAUAUCACUCAUCUGAAUGUCAGUCCAAUUAACCAGCAAGAACGGGAGGAUGCUGAACGGGCCUUCAUACGAUUCUACAUGGACAAGGAGAACCCACCAAGGAGAUAUCAUGAACUUGAACAAACAUAUGGGAAACUGGACCAUCUUGUUGACCUUGAUCUUUCUCCUAAAACAACAUGCAGACUCAUUGUCAAGAUGAAUGAUGAUGACGAUGAUGAUGAUGGUGGAAAGUCAAAAGAAAUGGACAUCAGUAUUACACAAACGGUGCGCGAAUUAAAACAAUUUCUUCAAGAGUUUGCUGGUCUUCCGUCCCACAAGUUCCGUCUAUUUUACACGGGAAUAGUUGACGAAGAGAAAAUCAACCCGCAAGAGUUAAUUUAUCCUAACAAAUUUUUACACACUCUCAAUAUCAGUGAUGGCGAUUGGCUUGUAAUCAUUCCAAAAUUAUUUUGAAUGUUGAUUAUAGUACAUGGUUGUGCAAUGUGUUGAUACAGUUACCUUGACAACGGCAAAUAUUACUAAGAGAAAUAUGAUUGUGAAGAGCAUUGUAUUGAAUUUCGUGAAAUUCUCAAAUGAUCAAUUUCAUCGUCAAGGAUUCUUUGAUUUUAGGGAUGUACAUGGUCAACUACAGUUACAGUAAAAAGAUAA